AUGAUGCGAGCAUUUCCCGGAGUCCGGCGCCGUCUUAGCCGGCCUUUUUCCACGGCGCUGGGUUUGCAGGACAUUCCAGGACCCAAAGCUUGGCCCAUUGUCGGGGCCCUGCCGGAUUUCGUAUCGAGAGUGGACGGCAUGAGCGCACCCAGAGGCCCGAUGUUGCAGAAGGCCCACGACGAGUACUACAAGGAGUUUGGAGAGAUCUACAGGCUGAACUUGGUCGGCGAGAAUUCGGUGAUGGUGUGCAGACCUGAUCUGUACAUGCAGAUGUACCGAAAUGAGGGGACGUACCCGGUAGGGGGUGCCGACAAUCUCUGGAUUAUCAAAAGGUGGGCCGAGGAGCAGAACAAGAACACCUACCUCGGGUUUUCGGGCCGGGGCGAACCCUGGAGGAAAGUCCGCAUGGUGGUGCAAGAGGACAUUACCGGCCCGAAGACGGCACGCACCUACCUUCCCUACAUCAAUGAGGCCACGAGGCUUGCCUCGCCUCACAUGCCGUCCUUCGCCAAAGAGCCGAAUCAGUUCGUGACGCGCUUGGCCUUUGACAUGUUCAGCGCACUCUUCUACGGGAAGCAGAUGAAGACGGCAUCCCCAUCUGCGAGGCCUGAAGACCUCGAAUUCGUGGCGAACACCGUUCAGACCUUCAAUCUGCUGGGAAAGUCAGUCUUCAACGGCCAUCUGAAGAUGGGAAUCUUCAAGAACCAUCAUGUGAACCGGUCGUUCAAGACAUCAUGGCAGAAGAGCUACGACUAUUCCUGCCAGCUGUUGGAAGAGGCGCUGGAGAAUUCCCAGGACAUGUCGGCGGACAGGAAGCCAUACAUUGUACGAGUGCUUGACCGCCAGAGUAUGCCGCUGGAUGAGGUCAAAGAGGUGGCUGCGAGCGUCCUGCUUGCCGGCAUAGACACCACGACGUCCGUAAUCAACUGGAAUCUCCUGUACCUUGCCAUGAACCCGGACAAGCAGGAGAUCCUCAGGAAGGAGCUUCGCGAAGUGCUCGGUUCGGGAGAUCUCACCGACGAGAUCGCAGCAAACAUGAAGUCGAAGCUGCCCUAUCUCAGGGCGGUGAUCCGGGAAACGCACCGUGUCGCUCCCCCCUCUUCGAUUAUGACUCAACGAGCAGCUCCUUGUGACUUGGAGCUGGAUGGCUACAAAGUGCCGGAAGGGACCCAAGUUGGCUUCAACGUUUACUCCUUGCAGAACGAUCCGAAGUACGUCGAGGAUCCUUCGCAGUUCAAGCCGGAGCGAUGGCUGCCAGAUGCCGUCGAGGCUCGCAAAGGAACCGAAGCCGAGGCGGUUCGAGGAGAUGGCUCCGUCGAGUCCUGGGGCCAUCACGGCUACGGCGGUUCCUUCUUCAUGGAGAAGGAAAUGCUGCAAGAUGUGCGGCAGGUGAAGGCUUCCUACGGAGCUUUCGCCGCGCUUCUGAGCGACGGCACUGUGCUCUCUUGGGGCGAUCCCGAGUACGGCAGUGACAACUUGGAUGUCAGAAGCCAGCUGACUGACGUGGUACAGAUUGCAUCCACCGACUACGCCUUUGCAGCAAUACGCAAAGACGGCUCGGUGGUCACUUGGGGAGACUUCGACUACGGUGGCGAUAGCAGUGCAGUCAAGGACCAGCUCCAAAAGGUACGAAGCAUCUCGUCGACGAGUGAAGCCUUUGCGGCAAUCCUUGAGGACGGAACC